GGUUGGUAGUUAUUGACCAGCCAAGUGUUCAUAAUAAUUUAUAAUAAAAUUAGUCCGUAGUCAGCCACUACUUUGUGUUUCGUCAUGCAACUAUCAACCUGUAGCGAUUAAAUGGUAUUUGUGCUUUUGGACGAAAACAAUACGCAUCUCGAUCGAAUUGGUAGACGUUAAGACUAUUAAAUUUGUUAUUGUUUUUUAAAUACAUUUUUCUUUGAACGCAAAAUGGAGAUUAUCGUCGGUCUGAGUCUAUUAUUGGUGUUCUCUGUGUCGGCGAAAAGUAAGUGAAUUUCUUGGUUAACGUGUACGGAAUUUUAUAAUUAACUAAGUCGAAAAUGAAAAUGAUAAUAUACAGGCUGUCUCUUUGAUUAUUUCCGGAGAUAAUAAAGAUAAUCAAAUUCUGAUUUUUGUAUAUUGCUCACAGGGAUGAGGACUAAUAAUAUUUAUUUUUGAACUAAAUUUGUUUUUUUUUUUUUUAGUAAAAAAAUUAAUAAAAUAACUUAUUAUUUUAUUAUUUUCGGAAAAUGUAAGAUAGCCAUUCUGUAGAGUAGGCACCAGUGGUCGUAUACAUAUGUAUGUGUAUUAUCCUUAAUUGUUAUAAUAUUACAAUGUACUGUGGGUGUUAGCAAAAGUCUCUUUACUCCCAAAGCCGUAGUUAUGGCCAAGACAGCGGGCUCAGGCCAAGGGCGUAUCUUAGAAAAGCACACAAAAUCAAGAAUUUUAAAGAAAAUUAAUAGAUGAGGGGGGGGGGUGGAAUAAGUGCAGAAUUUAUGUGUGGAGAAUCCACUGAAAAUCCUAUAUAGUUACGGUUCCGUUUGCUUGAUAAUCUUUUUGUCAUAGACGAAUUAUUUCGUAGGAAAAUCGAUCGAACAAUAUAUUUGCGAUCACCAUACUAUAGCACCGAGACAGACAAUCUCCACAUUUAAUCUACUACACAAUGUAGUAGAUAUUAUCGUGAAAGCAUUUUUUUUUUUUAUGUUCUUUUUUAGUUUUGUUAAGAUGUUAGUACCUUUGGUAUUAAGGAGUUGCGUAGAAACAAAAUUUCUCGACAUUUUUGAAAGUUUAAAAUUUUAUCAACUGAAAAAUAUUAAAAUUUACUUCUAAACAGGUACAUUUACAAAUAAUAAUGUUUUAUUAUUAGGUGAUAAUAUUUUUACCAGAUGUCAUUCGAAUGCGUAUAGACAAACAAUUGAUCGAUUAAUAGAUAAUAAUUGAAUAUAGUGUCACAAUCAAUACAUACUUUUGUGAAACGUAAAAAAUAUUAUAUCAAUUUAUAUUAAAUAUGAUUAUCAAAUUCAUUAAAACAAAGGUUUAAUUAAAAAUACAAUUAUAAAAAUAAAUAAUGAAUAAAAAAAAAAUUUUAACAACUCAAUUCGAUGAAUUUUAACGACUUUGAAUGUAUCGUGUAUUUUUAAUUCGAUGGUCGAUUUACGGUGUUUUUUUUGUGAUAAAAAACACGUGAUUGCACGUGAUAAUAAACAAAUUAGUAAUGGGUGAACUAGUAAGAUGGAUAAUUAUUAAUUAUAUAAUACAUAAUAAUCGGUUCUAUUAUAAUUAAUUCAAAAUUCAAUUAUAAAGUAUUAUACCAAAUAGUAGAAAGAAAUUUGUACAUAAGACUGACGUAUAAUACCAUUUGAAAACUAAAAGAGGGUAGUGAUGGUAUCACCCAAAAACAUAAAAAUGACAAAAAAAUAAAAAACAACCUGUUAUGUAAGAUUUUAGAGCUAUUUGUUUCUUAAAUUUUCGAAAAAGACCAAAAAUUAUAAUUAUUAUAAUUAUGUACUCUAUAUUUUUUAAGAGAUAUAAUAUAAUAAUAUACGGGACACGGGUGUAUAUCACUUGUGCAUCACUAAAUUAUGGGUACACUUGGAAUAUUACCAACUGUUAAACUAAACAAACGGCUACAAUACAAUUGAGGAUAAAAUACCAUUUUUUUUUUUUUUUUUACGAUACGAUUGAGCAAAUUUGUCGGUUUAUCUAAGGAAAUAUCAAUACAAAAGAAAACCUACACAAUCCAGCAUAAAAAACACUGUGAUGUUGCCAUUUUCAAUUUUGAACUAUAUUAUACAAAAAAUAUUUAUUUAAAUAGUUAUAAUAAUUAAAAAUAUAGUAUGAAUUAAAAAAAAUAACAUGAUUUCAUAGUCAUUAAUAGUCAAAUUUCAUAGAUUUGUUUGAUAAUACUAAUAAUAAUAGUAUUAAAAAUAAUAGCCUCUUUCCGAUAAAAAAAUUGUAAUAUAAUUGUUAUUGUAUCCAUAUUAAAAAAAUAGAAACUGACAAUUUUUUUAACGCACUAUAUGUGACAUGGCUAUGGGUGAUCGAAUACUACAUAAACUAAAUUAUUUCUAUAAUAAUUUUGGAAUAGUCACUUAUCUUCUAUAACCCUUUAUAACGGUCAGUAUACUACUGAUAAAAAUAAUAUUUAUUGUUACCUAUUGAUGCUAAUCGUGCUGUACCGAAACAAACCGGGUCAGAAUGCAUACAAUGCAUGGGUUAGGGGAGAUCUAAAUAAGUACGCUGUUAGGCUACUAAAAAUAUUAAAAAGAAAAAUGAUAAGAAUCUGUUUAGGUAAAAAUACCUUAGUAGGUUCAACUGGUGAAGAUUUUAAGCUCAUGGAUGUGUUACCAGUCGAGAGCGAAUAGAAGGUUAUAUUAUAUAAUUAAAAAUUAUGAUACAUUUUUGGAUGUGGAAAAUAUAGGAAUAAAACGGAAAGUAAGAGAAUUUAAAAUAAAAUAUUAUGAAAAAUCAUUUGGUCAAAAACACUUAGAUUAUUUAGGUCCUAAAAAUUAAAAUUCAAUGCUACUACAUAUAAAAAAAAAUCAUAAGCUCUUAAAUUGGGAAUCUUAGAAUUACUUUUAUAAAACAACAAAUUAACUUAUGGUUAUUUUCACUAAUAAUUUAAAUGUAAGAAAAUAAUAUAUAAAUAUAAAAAAUGGAUCAGUAUAUAGAGAGUUCUCAAAUGUAACAUUAUUAAUAUUUUUGUAUAUUACCUACUUAGUAGUGUUGUUCUAUGCUAUUUUAUUUUAUUCUAUUUAUAUUAAUUUACAUUAUUUAUCCCAACAAAAACCUUCCGCCAACUAUGUAUAAAACUUCGCUAAGAAAAAAAAAAAACUCAAGUUAGAAAAGUUGUGAUACCAAAAAGAGGCUAAGUAAUUUAUUAAAUUCAUUAGUAUAGAAAUUGUUUAUAAUUGUUUGUGUUUGAUAAAUGCGAUGAUUUAAUACAAAUAAUUUUAACUUAACUUGACGGCUACUGAUAUUUACAACUACAAAUAGAGAUUGACGGGGUUUUUUUGUUGGAAUAUCAGUAAUUUUUUUUAUUAAAAUUUUGGAUAUAGUUAACCUAUGUUUUUUUUUUAUCGAGUGAAAAAUUAUGGAGACAAAAUAUCUUUAUUGUUUUAUGUAUUGAGUAAAUGAAUAUAAUAUGAUGUGUAGUUAUAAAUAUAGGUUAUGAAUGAUGCAGGAAAACGAUACUAUAGUAAUACAGCGAUAAAAUGAAUGAACAGAAUUAUUUUUUAUUUGCCGCAAACAACCACCGUCAAAAACAGGUGUUAGUAACGUGUACACCAUAAUAUACAUUGUUGAUUUGUUGAAAAAAUAGCGUUUCGAGUAAAAACUAUGCUAAUGCUUUUGCAUAUUAUUUAGGCUGUAAUCAUAAAAUCAACAUAAAAUUUAUAAAAAUAUCAUUUACAUAAAAUACUGAUCAACCCGUGUAAAUUUCAAAACAAUCAGUCCAUUAUAGUUUAGGCUACAGAGGGGCGGGUUUCCGUAAAAUUACACCGGUUAAAUAGGAGUUGGCCGUAUUGUGUAAUAUGCUGCGGUCGACGCACGACGAGCUCUUUAUUUUCUAUUUAUCACUGCGCCGCGACCGCGGCUCUGGAUUGGUAUGUAUUUUAUCUCAUUAUGUAAUUUAAAUCUCUACCAGUAUCAUUAAAAUUGCGCUUAAAGGAGACAGCUAAUUUAUUUUAAAUAUUUCAAUUUUAUGUAAUUAUUAUAAUUAUGUUUUUUUCAAUAAAAAUUGUUGAAAAAAAAAAAUUAUUAACGCGCAAGUAUAGUUAAUGAAAUAUAUAAAUAUCACGUAGGCAUUUAUUAUUUUAGAUAUAAUGUAAUCAAUUAUAUAUUUGCUGUGAUAAAUAUUUUUCAGAUAGUGAAAUAGUAAAGGACAUAAUUGAGGAAAAAAAAAAUUCUACUCCACAAUGUGACGAUAAUUUGUUUCCUUAUUUAGAGCAACUAGAACAGUGGGACGUUCACGAAGCGGAUGUCUUCGAAUUCCCUUAUCAUGUGACUGAAUACUUCCGUUGACGCAUAUUUAUAAUUAAAUAUAUAUAUAUAUAUGUAUAUUUAAUUAUAAAUAUUCGCGUUACAGUAAAAGUACGAAUACCGGUAAAUCUUAGAUUUAACUGAAUUUUAUUUACAAGAUAAUAUGGCAAAUCAUAGAAUUGAACAGUAAAAUAACGGUAUCAGUCUGAAAUUUCAUUUUAGAUUCUGAACGUGUCGAUAAAUAUAUUGGUUUCACUAUGACAUAUGUAAUUUUUAUUAUUUUUUUUUCCGUCUGUAAACAUUUUUUCGAUAAAAGAUCUUUAUUGUAGCAAUUUGGAUCAAGUUGGUUCAUUGAUUGAGGAGAUAAUUUUUUGAUUUUCCAAGUAGUUUUCAUAAUGACUGGGGAAAAAACAUAGAAAAAAAGGCAAGUUCACGGCAUUAAUGAUUUAAUGAAAUAUUUAAUUUAUUAGGCAUUCGGUGAAUUUGGUUUUUUUUUUGUUGUAAUAAAAAUAAUUGUUGAGAUCUGAAAUGUUCACAGAACACUUGUAUUAGUAUUUUCUAAGCGUGGUAAUAUUUACAAGCAUUUUCAAGCUGUUAAUUAAUAUUAUACAUUUUUGCAAUUUAAUUUGGUUUUAUGUGAACAAAAUUGUUUUGGGGCCGAAUAGUUAUAAAAUAAUGUCCGAACAUUUUACACCACAACAUUCAUCAUAAAUUGUACUUGUGUUAAUAGCAGUCGGAAAAAUUCUAGGAUUUACUAACCAAACUUAUGUUUUACCGGUAUUUGAUUUUUUCUGUAACUCAUGAUGUAUGCAACUAUUCUUUAUUAUUAAAUUAUAAUAAUUGAAUUGUUUAUUUAACAGGUAGGAGUCGUAACCGUGAACAAAAGAGGCUUUAAGCAACUAUUGUGCCAGGGCGCGUUAAUCACUCCUCUUUGGUUUAUUACAGCGGCUAAUUGUAUUCUUUUGUAAGCAAAUUAUUUAGACCGAUACAUUAGGGCAUUGCAGUUUAAAACCACAGGGUUCAGACUUUUUGGACUGACACAUAGCACAUGUCAUUUUUCAAAAUAUAUUUAUAUUAUUUUAACGAUUUGAUUUUUACAAAGAAUUGCCGAAUCUUUAAAUGCCCUACUAUAAAAUAUUAUAAACGACUAAGUGUACAAAUAAUUAUAUUACACCUAGUAUCCUUUGUUCAGAAACCUAGAAUCUGCAGGCAAUGCGACGUGGACAGCAGUUAUGGGCACUGUGAAUUUUAAAAACCCCAAAGCCGUUGUUCGUAAAUUAUCGUACUAUGUAUAUCAUCCACAAUUUAAUAAGAAAACCGGUGUUGGCAUCGACCUAGCAAUGUGGAUGGUGAGUAUUAAAUAUAAUUAUUAUUUCUUAAUACUGUUUUUUACAGUAACUAAAUAAUGUUCAAAAAUGUAUAACAAAAAGCCCAAAACUCUCAAAGAUUUAAAAGAUUACAGUAGAUAUUGUACAAUAAUAUGUAGGUAGGUACUGAGUGUUAAAAAUCCGAUGUAGUUAAAUUUGCAUUAUCAUUAUCUAAACAAAUCAUUGAAUAUUAUCCGUAUUUCACGUUUUAUAUUGCGUUAUAACUGAUAGCAGAUUCUCAAAAUAACGUAAUUGUUUUAUUUGAUUGUAAAAAUUAAUUUAUUUUGUAAAUGUAUGCAAUAUAAAAUGAUCAAUCCUAAAAUUGAAUUGAAACAUGAUCUCGUGGAAUUCAUAAAUAUCGAGCUAAUCCACUAGAACACAAACAUUUACACUCAAUUUCGUACUUGGCAUGUUUUUUUUUUUACUGAGUUUAUUCAAAAUGGUAUGAGGUGAGAUAGGAUGUUUAAUGUAAAUCGAUAACAAUGUUAAUCCGUUAUGUCUUUUGUAAAAAAAUAAGGAAAUGGUAAAUUUUACUCAAAUAAUAAUAAAUAAACAUUUUACUCAUUAAAGUGUUAAUAUUCGUAAAGACCUUAUAGCUGUUUCCUAAUAAUCUUUGUUCAACUGUCAAAGACAAAAAAAAAAAAAAAAUAAAUGGCAAUUGUUUCAUUUUCAAAUAUAAAAAAAAAAACCGUGAUAAACUGAUUAGAAUUUACUAUGAAAAGCAAUAUGUUUGAGUGUUUGACAAUAAUAAUGCAUAAUCGUUGUUUUAUCUAUACCUGAAUUCUGAGGGGAAAGUAGUAUAAAUUCACUAUGUAAUUCCUAAUAAUGGAGCAAUGAUUUUUUACGAUUAGCUAAUAAUAUUAUUGGUGUUUACCUAUUUACCUGUAAGCAUCAUAGUUAUCAUUAUUUAGUAGACUAUACCUACAUUUUACUUAUAUAGUAUAAAUCAAAUUAUUUUGUACGUAUACCCAUUGUAUUAUAUCAUACGUAUAAGUAUAACUACUUAUCUAAAUAUUAUCUCGGCAUAUAUUUCUAUGUUUAUUCUUUAAAAAUCCUUUUAGAUUCUGAGAAAAGCGAGGAAUGCUUUGGUUUUACAAUGAUUUAUUUAUUUUUUUCUGUGGACAACUUUUCUACCAGCAAUUUUUGUUCUGAUUUACUAUGAAAGAACUUGUUCUGAAAGGAAGCCUGAUUGGGAUGAUACUUUAGGGAAGUAAUUUUUUGAUUUUCCUGUGAGUUUUCUUAAUAAAUGUGAAAAACCGGGAAAAACGUGGGGGAAAUAGUAGAGAAAACGGGGAUAAUAUAAUAUUAAAGAAAUAUUUUUGAAGAAAAAUAUAUUAUAAAUGUAAUUAUUUUACCAUAUACAAGUAUAUUGUUGACAAAGUAUCACAAUUAACCAAACCCAGCUUAGAAUCGUUUUUCGUUAGCAAUGGUUAAUCUUUACUUACAGAUAAACAUUAAAUUUCAUCUCUACCUUCUCAAUUUUUCACCUACAAAAGUAGCCCACCCAUGUUCGAAGUAUAUCCGUCUUUUUUUCUUUUUUUUUUUGGUUUCUGGGGUGUCCAGUACCCCUGAAUCCCCCUCCCAUAAGUACAUCACUGUUCACACUGUUUGGUCCUUGUGAUAGAUUACCCUUUAGGGGCCUCUAAAACAGGGAAUGACUACACACCAGAUAAUUAUAGUAGCAUAUGAUAACAGUGUUGGGACUGUUAUAGGUGUUUUGGUUAUAUGUAUCCGGGAAAUUUGGUCCAGUAAAAAAUAUUCGGUCACAAAUAAUCCAAUUCGUAUAAAACUCCAUUCAUUAAAAUGAAAAAUGUAUUGAAAUUGAGCUCAGCCCGUAUUGUUGAAAAAGAAAAAUUAAAUCCAUCCAGCCGUUUGGAUGUAAUGAGACUGUAUAAAGAAUACGUUUGUAUUCAAAGGGUAGCCAGGGUGGAAAAUUUGAAUUUUGGAGGUAGUAUAUUUGGAUGAACUUGUUUUAUGUGUUUAGCCAUCUGUGAUUAUAAUUGUAUAAAAUUUGUUUUUUCUUAUGUACUUACUGUAAAUUGGUAAAAGUUUAUCCAAAGUUUAUUUUAUGAUACACAAUAUACAUGUACUAUUAUUAUUUACAUUAUCUAGUAUACGACAUUAUCUCGUAUACAUUGUAUUUAAAAUAUAAUUAUUUUAUUAGGUUAUAUUAUGUUUAUAUUUUUUAUUUGUGUAACACAGGAAUUAACCCCCUCCAGAAAAAAAAAACUGGGUCGAAAUUUUGUGUGUCCCGGGGAUCCAAAUUUUUAAAUACAGUCUUGGUGUCUAACCUACAUAUCGGGUAGUAAUAAUUAUAUCUGAUCAUUGUAGAAUAUUUUUUACUGGACCAAAUGUCCGAAAUCAUAACGUAUCGUCUGUUGUUACUUACCAGAUCAAUUUGAUGUGUCAUCCUCUGACUUAAAGUAUAUUUGAACGAAAUAAUAUUACACUAUUUUGUAAAUAUUUAUCACUAAGUAUAUUAUCUUCUCAUCAAUUAUAUGAUUAAUGUGUUUCAGUUGGAAAAGCCUAUUGAUACAUUUGUACUAUACCCGAAACCUGUUAAGCUGUACAACAUUAACAAUUAUAUCAAAACGGAUUGCAGUUAUAGUAGUUAUGUUGUGAGUUAAAAAUUUAAUACCAUUAUGAUCGUAUAUAAAUCAUCAAACACAAUACACAUAACAAUAUUAUAGACUGAUGAGUAUUUUUGUGAAAUUCAAACGAGAAAUUCAAAAUAAUGAUUUAUAUACAGAGGUUAUUACUUCUAUAAUAACCUCUAGUGUUUUAAUCAGAAAAAUAUACGUAUAUAUCCAUGUGUUUUAGGGUGAAGAUCUUUACGGAAACACCGCACACUUGUCAAAAGAAAUUUUUUGUGAACUUAUGGGUGUUGUGGACGAUGCACGUCAUUGUGUGGUAAUGAACAAUACGAUACACGAUAGGGUCAAGAUCGAGGUAAUAACAUAAUAAUAUUAUUUAAAUAUUUAGAAAAUAAAUUCGUGGAUAAAAGUUUUAUUGUUUUUAUUGAUAAUUAUUAAUGUUAAAUGCAAAUAAUCCGCAUGACUGGAUUGUGAGAGUUAAAUUGUGAGCUGUGGCUACCAUCAGAAAAUAAAUUUAAAAGUAUUUAUGAAGAAAUCGUUUAUGAGUUAAAUUUAAAACAGUUUAAAAUUUAGACCGGAGAAGUGUAGGGAAUGGUUAUCAUGUAAAAAACGGUAUGAAUUACCCCCCUCCUCUACCCCUCCUAAAAUAUAUUUCGCUGUAUCGCAUUAACUAUUAACUAACGCAUUAUCUAACCGCAUUAUUUACAUAAGCUAUAUUAUCUACCAUUUUAAUUUAUAGUUUUUUAAUGUUUACCAAACUGCAAGAUGCAUAUAUUUUUCAGGUCACUGCAUAUGAAUUGGGAGCACCUAUCACGUGCCGUGGUACACUGUAUGGUAUCAGAAAUAAACGCGGAUAUUUUACAACCGUCAUUUUUAAGAAAACUAGAAAAUGGGUGUAUAUAGUAGUUGACCAGGUAAGUUGUCAUGUUUGUGAAGUCUUAUUUUCUAUAUUAUUCGCUUAAUUACUGGACCUUUCGUCAAUAAUUGUUGUCGAUGGAAUUAUAUACCAUUGCGAUAAAAUAAUAUUUAAUAUUUAAAAACGUCAAUUUAUAUCAAACGUUAAUUUUUCAGACUGCACAACAUAUAGCAGAUAACUCAAUUCAAAACGUCUUUAUUGAUGAUAAUUCGAAAGAAUUAGAUUACUUCAAAUUAGACCUUAAUCCAGAUGAUACAUUUUUAGGCUCUUUAAGGAGUUCUAAAGAACUUAAAUUGAAUUUUGACGCUAUCGAAAAUGGUAAGUUACAAUAACAAAUAAUGUAUUUGUAUAAUACUGUAGUAUACAAUUUAUACAGUAAGUAGGCUAAAACUAAAAAUCGAAUUAUUCUGGAAACGAAAAAUUUGGAAAAGGAUUUUCCCGUACAAUGAGUUAAUCCCAAAUUAAUUUUUCUUAAGCUAUUUAGGAUCACUACGCUCAGAAUCUAAAAUACCUCCUCGAUGCACCAUCUCGAUAAAAUUUGUUACUAAUACCCAUGAAGUUGAUAAUCAGAGUAAGGUUUAUGGUAGACAAAUUGUUUAGAUACAAAAUAAAAAUCUAUACUUAGAUUUAUAUUUAGGCAAUAAUUUAUUGCGAUUUAAAAUAUUUCAGUUGUCCAAAUGAUUUUGAGACCUUCGUUGCAUAUAAAAUUUAGGUAGGUACGUGACCAAUUACAUAUAUUUUUAGAUUUUGAGCGUAGAAAUGGAUGUAUACGUUUUUCAAUAGGUAAAGUAUAUGUGUAGUCAGGAAUUUGUAUUAGCGUUAAAGUUUCAAUUUGUAAUACCUAAUAACCGUCAGUUUACGUACUCCGUUUAGUUUAGGUUAGGUUUACAACAUUUUCGGUUCAAUAGAAAUGUUUAAAAUGUUAAAGCAAGAUCAUAAUUUAUAAGUUGUAAGUACUAGGGGUGAAAAAAAAAAAAUUUUGAAUGUGUAUUGCAUACGACAUGUAAUGUUUAGAUUUUUGUCAGCAUUUUAAGUUCAAUACUUAUAACACUUAUACGUUUAAUUAUAAAUUAAAUUACCUAAUAUUAUAUCUCUUUACCUUAUACAAUUUGUAAUAUUAAUACUUAUAAUGUUUUAGGAUCAAUCGAAAGAUAAUAUGCUGGAUACUGGUGUAAUAUAAAUUAUAGUAUGGAGCAAUUUGCCAUCUAUAAGCAAAAGAAAAUGUGCCACCUCUUUAUCACAUGAUUUUUGUAAACAUUUUUUGAAGUCAAAAAUAA